UUACAACAUCCCUUUCGGCUGAGGCAACAACAUGGCCGAUAUUGUUUCAUUUUCAGAGAAAGCAUCAGCAAUUCGGACAAUAUCCUGGUCGUGUGAUAACAGAAUAGCAAUAUGCACUGACGAAGGAAUAAAAAGUUUGAUUCUUCAAUGCAAAGUUAACAACAGUGCAAACAAGCCGUUUUUUGUACAGACGGACAUUCCAGUGAAUCCUGAUGUCUGGGACAUUCCAAAGUACACUGACAAACACCAUAAGCAACUGAUGCUGAACCUUUCUAGAGAUGUUUACACAACGCUAAUUGCUGACAAGAUAAUGAACCCAUUCAAGGCUAACCAAGACACUCAACCAAGGACAGGAUAUGCCCUCUGUGAGUGGUCAACUAAUGGUGGGGAUAAACUUGGAAGGUGCAUUCUUGCUACAGUGAGUCAUGACUUUCGGCUUUGUCUUUUCACCCAAGAGAAUUCCUUUUUCAACUGGACAAAGAUAGUAGAGCUGUCCAGUAUUGAGUACAGAGACACCCGACCUCCGGACAACUUGAUGAAGCCUGAAAACUACCAUGCAUUCAAGAAAUGGUGCUACUCAUUUACAUUAUCAGCUAUGAACUGGUAUAGAGAGACUGUACAAGACCCAGACAGCGGCCAAACCUUCUCACUGCUGGCAGUGGGGAACAGGAUAGGGGGCGUGAUUGUAUGGAGGGUCAGGAUGCCAUGUACAGAUGAGUCCGACUGCAGUGUUGUAUACAGAAUGCAUGAUGGCCGCGAGAGAAAAGUGUCAUCUCUGAAGUGGUCAAAACAAGGCUACCUGGCAGUGGGCUAUGUCGACGGUCCAGUCCAUCUGCUUCAGUUUGAUGUAAAACACCCCAAGAAUGCCCCAACCAUGAUAGAGCUCUACACUGACAGUGAUCAACUGGCUGUGGCGGACAUGACAUUUAUUUACAAUGAACAGAUGAACAGACAGUGUCUGCUGGCAGCCAAGGAGCAUUGUCAGCUGGUAUUCAUCUUGGAGUCAGGUUGUGACCCACAUCAGUUGAAGCUGGUGUCCAAGUCACAUGUGUUUGGGGAAAAUCUCUUCCCUUCUACAGGGUUCUACGUGCUGGAUGAAUGUUCAGCUGUAGUAGUUUCCCAGGACAGAAUGUCACAGAAAAUCACCCUGGACUGGGAGAAAUCAGAGGCCUCAAUUUCAACAGUAGACACAAAUGUUGCAGGCAAAAGAGAAUAUAUAUGUGUAGGAGUGGCCCAUUCUGUCAACCAAGCAUUGAUAAUUCAUGUCUUAAGACCCAAGGCUGGCAGUGAUAUACACGCUGCACAGUUCAAAAUGAAAGCGACCAACCUCCAUGUACAGAGUUUCGCAGAUAUUCCACAUGAAAUUACUCCAAAACAGUCUGUUGAUUGUAAGCUGGAGGACACGUCAGAGAAACUUGGUAACUUGCUUGACUCUUUGGAGCUGUUUCGACGAAGUGUUUUAGCCAACUAUCCAGUUGACAUCAGUAUGGAUUGCUCGUCAGUUGAAAAAUUACUGAGCUGUGUACAGUUAAAAAGAUAUGCAGCUGCAGUUCAUCUACAUAAACUGUCUGACAAACUUAGAGGGCAGAUAUUUCCAACACAAAUGAGCCUAGAUGAGGAACAAAAGCAGGACGAGGUUUUCAAGCAGUUCACUACCCAGGUGGUCAUAAUUAACCUGUGUUUGUCACUGGAUAACUACUUAACAUGGAAAACAACACAGCCUCAAACUCAAGCAGAUGGUUCCCAUAUUGUGCAACUUAUGUGUGAAUUCAUACAGGACAACAUUCAGAAUUAUCCUCAAAUAAAACAGGCAUUUCCAGACAUUGAAGAAAAAAUCAAGCAGUUACAAACAGAUACGGCUGCGCAAGAAGACGUCAAAUGUUGUAUUUGUCCAUCAAAUUUAAAACUGGAGAAUAUGGCUUGGGUCUGCCCCAAUGGACAUGUGUAUGUUAUGUGCAGCAAGACUUUGCUGCCUUGUGAAUUCCUGGACUACAAGAUGUGUAACAUCUGCAAGUCCAAUUGCCGACCUGAAAGUGCAGAUGUCCAAUGGCUGGCCGGGGACCCUCUUAGAUGUACAUUCUGUGAAAGCCUCAUGUUUUGUACCUGACAAAUGGUUGGGGACCCUCUUAGAUGUACAUUCUGUGACAGCCUCAUGUUUUGUACCUGACAAAUGGUUGGGGACCCUCUUAGAUGUACAUUCUGUGACAGUCUCUAGUUUGUACCUGACAAAUGGUUGGGGACCCUCUUAGAUGUAUAUUCUGUGACAGUCUCAUGUUUUGUACCUGACAAAUGGUUGGGAACCCUCUUAGAUGUAUAUUCUGUGACAGUCUCAUGUUUUGUACCUGACAAAUGGUUGGGGACCCUCUUAGAUGUACAUUCUGUGACAGUCUCAUGUUUUGUACCUGACAAAUGGUUGGGGACCAUCUUAGAUGUAUAUUCUGUGACAGUCUCAUGUUUUGUACUUGACAAAUGGUAGGGGGCCCUCUUAGAUGUAAUUCUGUGACAGUCUCAUGUCUUGUACCUGACAAAUGGCGUGGGGCCCUCUUAGAUGUUAUUCUGUGACAGUCUCAUGUUUUGUACCUGACAAAUGGUUGGGGACCCACUUAGAUGUAUAUUCUGUGACAGCCUCGUGUUUUGUACUUGACAAAUGGUUGGGUACCCUCUUAGAUGUAUAUUCUGUGACAGUCUCAUGUUUUGUACCUGACAAAUGGCGUGGGGCCCUCUUAGAUGUUAUUCUGUGACAGUCUCAUGUUUUGUACCUGACAAAUGGUUGGGGACCCACUUAGAUGUAUAUUCUGUGACAGUCUCAUGUUUUGUACUUGACAAAUGGUUGGGGACCCACUUAGAUGUAUAUUCUGUGACAGCCUCAUGUUUUGUACCUGACAAAUGGCAGGGGACCCACUUAGAUGUAUAUUCUGUGACAGUCUCAUGUUUUGUACCUGACAAAUGGUUGGGGACCCACUUAGAUGUACAUUCUUUGACAGCCUCAUGUUUUGUACUUGACAAAUGGUUGGAGACCCACUUAGAUGUACAUUCUUUGACAGCCUCAUGUUUUGUACCUGACAAAUGGUUGGGGACCCUCUUAGAUGUACAUUCUGUGACAGUCUCAUGUUUUGUACCUGACAAAUGGUUGGGGACCCUCCUAGAUGUAUAUUCUGUGACAGUCUCAUGUUUUGUACCUGACAAAUGGUUGGGGACCCUCUUAGAUGUACAUUCUGUGACAGCCUCAUAUUUUGUACCUGACAAAUGGUUGGGGACCCUCCCAGAUGUACAUUCUGUGACAGCCUCAUGUUUUGUACCUGACAAAUGGCAGGGGACCCACUUAGAUGUAUAUUCUGUGACAGCCUCAUGUUUUGUACCUGACAAAUGGCAGGGAACCCACUUAGAUGUAUAUUCUGUGACAGCCUCGUGUUUUGUAUUGGACAAAUGACAGGGGACCCACUUAGAUGUACAUUCUGUGACAGCCUCAUAUUUUGUACCUGACAAAUUGCAGGGGACCCACUUAGAUGUAUAUUCUGUGACAGACUCGUGUUUUGUACUUGACAAAUGGCAGGGAACCCACUUAGAUGUAUAUUCUGUGACAGCCUCGUGUUUUGUAUUUGACAAAUGACAGGGGACCCACUUAGAUGUACAUUCUGUGACAGACACAUGUUUGUACCUGACAAAUGGUAGGGGACCCACUUAAAUGUACAUUCUGUGACAGACACAUGUUUGUACCUGACAAAUGGCAGGGGACCCACUUAGAUGUAUAUUCUGUGACAGCCUCAUGUUUUGUACCUGACAAAUGGCAGGGGACCCACUUAGAUGUACAUUUUGUGACAGACUCAUGUUUGCACCUGACAAAUGUAUUUGGAAGAGACUGACUCAUGCUUCAUGUUGUGAUUUUUUAUGCAAUAAAAUAUACAAAAGAUAA